GCGGUCGUAUCAUUUUACUAUUUGUAUUUUUAUUGUGUUUGUCUCAGUUAAGGAAAUAUUUAUAUUACCAACUUCUGUGUGAUGUAGACGUAAUUUUUACUAUUCAUUUAUUUUUUAUAUGAUAAUUCUGUAAUCAACACUGUGGCGGCGUCUACUUCUGGAAAGCAAUUAACAGAUAUGGUAUCAAACAUCAAUAGUAAAAUUUGACGAAUUGGAACGUCACGAAAUAUGGAGGAGGUAUACCCAGGCACCUUAUCAUAACGUUUUGAGUUUUCGGCCGCCGACUAUAGAGGGUGCACUAAUGGUGUCGCACGUUUCGUUGGACCGCCGUCGCGUAUCGUUCGCCGUCGCCAUUCACAAACACACAGUGUGAAAGCCUGGAGCCUGGAGUCAGUUGUUGCCAGUGGUCGUUGCCCGUUCUCUACGCUGAGUUAACAGCAAUUCAAAUAUCUAUCAAAUUCAGUCCACGGUAAAAUAAAGAAGUGUAAAUUUACUGGUUUACGUUGUGCUGAUGAUUAAAAAAUAACCCAGAAUACGCUUGCUUAGAACUGCAAGAAAACAUAUUUUUUGGGUGUUCGGUAUUCAGUUAUAUUUACUCCACGGUCCACGGUAUCAGACUCAUAAAAAAAAGAAACACCAUACUGUGAAGUUAUUAAAUAUAAAUAAUACAUUAAUACGAUAAUAAUUCCACAUGGGCAGCUUGCCGUACAACGAAAAUGGCACGUUCAAUUCAAAUGCGUCGUUGUUCGACUCAGAGCAACCGGAAUUGAACACAAUUGAGGCUGAAGUGGAUUCUUCCACUAUGGAAGACUAUGGCCUGGACAAGAUUUUCCAGCCGAUAAAGAACGAUGUAAAACGGGAACUUCAAUUAAUCGAUCCAUAUAUCAGGCGUUUUUACGAAGCUAUUGCACCAGCUUGCCCCGAAAAAGCAUAUUUUGUGCAAGAAGCCAAACAAUUUCAGAAUAUCUAUGACGACCAGGCAUUUGACGUCAUAAAAUAUAGGGAUAAAAUUACUUGUAAUGUGGGGAAAAUGCAAAGAUCCCCCUUUAUUCUAAUGUAUCCAACUGUGCAUCUCAUGUUCGACAGAGAAGGUAUGCCAGCCUAUUGCACACCUUCACAUAUAAUUGAUAGUGUUUUAAAACAGGAUAAAUUAAAAUUUAUAAAGAUCGACAUAUCUAUAAUCAAAAGAGAUUUAAUGUCAUUUUUAUUAAUUUUUCGACUGUGUGGCAAUAAUGUACAAAACAAAAACGAGCUCCAAGCUUUCAUCGAUAUUGCCGAGAUUAAAUUAUUAGAUUUGGAUAUUUAUUGGAAUAAUCACUUAAAGAUGACCGUGGAGUUAAACAGACAAAUAAAUAUUGAGUUGAACAAUUCAGAAAGUAUGUCGAAGGAUAUUGCAGAACUGCAUUCUAUGUAUGCUAAUAUUAAGCAGAGAUUAGAAAGAGUGAAAUUAGGAUACCAAAAUUUAUUGAUCACAUGGUCUUUGGGUGACAAACUGCUAAUGAACCUUGGGAUGAAAUUUGAAGGUUUGGAUGAAAACCAAAAUUCUGAUUAUUCUGGAUCAGAUUCUGAAAGUGACAUGUCAAAUUCAGAUUCUGAAAGUGCCUUAUCAAAUUUGGACUCCGGAAGUGCCAUAUCAAAUUCAGAUUCUGAAAGUGUCAUUUCAAAUUCAGAUUCAGAGAGAAGAUCCGAAUUUUGCAAUGAUGAUGACCAAUUGGAAACUGAAAAUCUCUUUAACACCGAUAUUAUUGUCGACGAGGACGUCGUAGAGCAGGAGGAAACUAUCUUGGAAACGUCUCACAAUAGCAACGCUCGUUUCAGACGCAUGAAAUGGAUCACUGGCAUAUUCUACAUGAUUGUCAUUAUCUUGUUGUCGGUUGACUGGCUGGAACCACAGUGCAGUGAGGUCUGUGACCCACAGAACAACAAGUACAAGUGGUCUUUCGAGCUCGGGCUCGUGUACUUAAACGGACCACCACCGACUUGAUUCUCUAAUUUUACGUCGCCGAAUUGUUUUUUUUUUUUAUUCCCAAUUUUUUACAUAACUUACCGCAUAUAGAUAUUUCAUUAUUGUCAUCAAAUAUGGGGACAACAGUUCAGUAAUAAUGCAUAUGAAAGGAUAGUAUAUUGUACUAUACGAUGUGUUCACUCCUACCAAAAUCAAUAACAUUCCUGACAUAUUUAAUUUACGUAUAAUUAUACAAUUAUAUAUUUAAAAAAAAACAAGAAUGUCCUUUUUCUUUUUAAUUCUUUUUUUAAAAUAUAUUUUUAAUGAUGUGUAACUUAAACUUAUUAAAUGUUUUUAUCGGACAUCGUUUAAAACGAAUAACUAUUUUUUGCAAUGAAUGCAAACCUCACAAACGCGUAUUUAAUAUCAUAAUAUUACAUAUGAUACACGUAUACGUAGGUAUAAGCUAUUUUAUCAAACGAGGUUGACAUUUUAUUCGAUCAUUUUGAUUCGUUUUUUAUAGUUUACAUAUUUCUAUUUUUGGAUUCAGACCUGUUCUACUUUAGUAGCGAACUGUUGUUUUUACUUUAUAUUGAUGUUUUUUAAGUUAAAAAAUUAUUGUGAAAGAAACCUGUAUAAUACUAUCAUAUUACAAUAUAGGUACAUAGUUAAAAUGUCAAUCUUACGCAAUCGUUAGUACUAUUUUUUAUUCUACAUGCUUAAAGUCGCAUUUUAAGAUACUCCAUUUUUCAAUCAAUCUAUUGUCAAUAAAUAAGUAUGUCAGGAUGAGGGUGUAGUUUUUCAAAUUUUAUUUUUUUUAAUCACCAUUAUCAAAGUUCUCAAUUGUUUUUGUA